AUGGAUAACUCACAAUUUUUCGAAGUUACGGGUGUACAAGAUGAUCUAUCAUCGACGCAUGGACGUCUAUCUGCCGUACAAAUACUAAGGAUUGAACCCGAUGGUCGAGUAGGUUUGGAUGGUCGCCUGAAAGUUGGCGACAAUAUCCUGGAAAUCGAUUCUCGACCUGUUUAUCAGAUGUCCAUAGUGCGGGCCAGAGCCUACCUCAGUGAGCUGCAAUCUCGUUCCGAACCAUCAUUGACAAUAGCCAGACCACCAUCGACAUUCGCUAACUCAGGGAAUGCAUUAAUGAGGAAUGAGCCACCUUCUUCUUCUAUUCAAAGCAGACCAAUAUUGUCGGCAUUGCAACAAGCGAACACUCAACAUAUAGGGCAUACGAAAACCGUGGAAUUGAGAAAAAGUGGGGAAAUUACUCCCACCGGUUUUGGUUUCACUGUAACCGGACGAGAAACCGCGAAAGGGGAACGAUUGUUCUACAUCGGAACGGUGAAACCAAAUGGAGUAGCUUUGGGCCAUCUAAGAGCAGGCGAUCGCUUACUAGAGUUAAAUGGCGAGGCAACGGCAGAUUUAACCCAAGCUGAAGUGGUUGAUCGCCUCAAAAGAGCUGCUGUUGGAGAGACGGUUACAUUCUUGGUAUCCAGAUUAGUGCAACCAGAUGAAGAAGAAGAGAAGAAGAGUAAUUCGAGCGAAAGGGAAAACCAACCCCCUGCGCAAACGUCAGCUGUAAUGAAGCCAGUUCGCGAUGAGAAGAAGAUAACACCGUCAACGUCUAACGCUGUAAUGACGCAAUGUGUUGGAGAUGUGGAAGAGCUGGAACUUGUCAUUCCGCUGAAUGAUACGGGAAGUGCUGGUUUGGGGGUGAGCCUUAAAGCACGGGUAACAGUUCGAACAAAUGGGACAAGGCAGGAUUGCGGAAUUUUCAUUAAAAACGUUUUACAUGGUGGCGCUGCACAUAAAGAUGGUCGACUACGAGUUAAUGACCGCAUCGUAGGCAUAGAAGAACUAAGACUAGAUGGUGAAACUAACGCUACAGCUAGUGAAGCAGUUUCAAGAAGACUUAAAGCGAUUGGCCCCACGGCUAAGUAUGUACGGCUUUUCAUUCAACGUGCCAAAACACCUCAAUUGCCGCGAUCCAUGUCGCAACCUCAGGAAGUGUCUAGAGUGUCUGUUGAUGACCAUGAUGAGGGGCCAUCCAGAAUUUCGGUAGUGGCCACAGAAUCCACUUCGUCAGAGGAGAAACCAUCACCUUUGGAUGGUUUAGAUUCGGACUUUGGAAGUCGUGCACUUUUUUGCUUCCCCCAUCUAUUUCUUGCUGAACUUCGUUCCAGCUUUAGAUUGGAUGAGUCUGAACUCGCGAACACAUCGGAUCCAUUCAGCAGAGAGGCACCAUCACGAAAGAGUAUGAGUGAAAAACGUGGCAUGGGCGCUACCUCUGAUCCGCAUCAUAUUAAGCUGUUCCAAGACAUUAAACAUCAGCGACAAACAAGUGGUAAUUAGAU